GCUCGCGCUCGCUCCGCACUGGCAGCGCCGGGCGGCCGGGCAGCUCCGCGGCGCAGCAUGUCGGGCUCGCGCUGCCAGACGCUGUACCCCUUCUCCGGGGAGCGGCACCGGCAGGGGCUGCGCUUCGCCGCCGGGGAGCAGCUCACGCUGCUGCAGGUGCCGGACGGCGGCUGGUGGGAAGGGCAGAAGGAGGACGGGCUGCGCGGCUGGUUCCCGGCGAGCUAUGUGCAGCUGCUGGAGCAGAAACCCAGGAAGGUCACUCCUCAGCCAGGAGAAGAUUCUCUGAAUUGCCCUCUGCCCCCCGGCUGGCAGAGCUACAUGUCUCCCCAGGGCCACAGGUAUUAUGUGAAUGCCUUCACCAACGAAACCACGUGGGAACGGCCGAGCAGCGUGCCUGGGAGCCCCGGGAGCCAGAAGAGUGCUGUGCCUGCAGCGAAUGGAUAUCACACCCCUGUGACCCCUAUGCAUCAAAUGGAGCCUAGUCAUAUGAGUCUUCGAAAACCCAGCGGGGACCCCCAGAGUCCGGGGUCCCCGCGCGUGCCCAGGAGGCUGGCCAGGGAGAGCUCGCGGACGAUAAACUGCGUGACUUUUCCACACCCAGACACAAUGCAAGAACAGCAGUUGCUGAAACCCACUGAAUGGAGCUACUGUGAUUAUUUCUGGGCUGAUAAGAAGGAUCCACAAGGGAACAACACAGUAUCAGGGUUUGAAAUUCUGCUCCAAAAGCAACUCAAGGGGAAACAAAUGCAAAAAGAAAUGGCAGAGUUUGUUCGAGAAAGGAUAAAGAUUGAGGAAGAAUAUGCCAAGAACUUGUCCAAACUGUCUCAGAACUCAUUGGCUGCUCAAGAAGAAGGCACCCUAGGAGAGGCCUGGGCCCAGCUGAAGAAAAGUCUGGCGGAUGAGGCAGAGGUUCAUCUCAAAUUUUCCUCUAAGCUCCAGAGUGAGGUGGAGAAACCACUGCUCAACUUCAGAGAGAACUUUAAGAAAGACAUGAAGAAAUAUGACCAUCACAUUGCAGAUUUACGGAAGCAGCUGGCUAGUCGCUACACAGCAGUAGAAAAGGCCCGGAAAGCCCUGACAGAGAGGCAGAAGGAUCUGGAAAUGAAAACCCAGCAGUUGGAGAUAAAGCUCAGCAACAAGACAGAAGAGGAGAUCAAGAAAGCGAGGCGGAAAUCCACUCAGGCUGGAGAUGACCUGAUGCGUUGUGUGGAUCUUUAUAAUCAAGCCCAAUCCAAGUGGUUUGAAGAAAUGGUGACCAGCACUCUGGAGCUGGAGAGGCUGGAGGUGGAGCGGGUGGAAAUGAUUCGGCAGCACCUUUGCCAGUACACACAGCUGCGGCACGAGACAGACAUGUUCAACCAAAGCACAAUAGAGCCUGUCGAUCAGUUACUUCAAAAAGUGGAGCCUGCCAAAGACAGGGAACUGUGGGUACAAGAACACAAAACUGGAGAUAUCAGACCUGUGGACAUGGAAAUAUAGACUGAUCUGAUUAGUGAUAUGUGAUGGUUUCACUGGUUUAACCAGGCCAAUGGGUUCUGUAAAGGGUCAGAAGAGGUACAGGACCGCAAAAGGGUUGCUCUGCUACCAGAUACCUUGUAUUUAUUGUCUGUAGGGAGUGUCUCUGUCACAUUUGAUCAUCACAUCAGUUCCCAUUGUGCUAUGCCUUAAGCUCCCAACAUUCCAGGGUUAAGAAGCCAGAUGUCUGUUCUUCCUGUCAGAAGUUUCCAGCUGCCAGGGAUGUACUGCUGCCGGGAGAAACUGAGGACCUUGCUUCCUGGUACAGAGCAAGCUCUGUUCUUCAGUGACUGUGCACUACACCCAUUGCAUGACUCUUUGUGUAGAAUGUAAGAACAGCCAUGGAAGCAGACUAGUGAUUUGACCAUGAUGCUGGAAGCAAGGAGCUCCUGACCAUGGAUCCCAGCACUGCCACUGCUCAGCUGGAUGGCCUUGGGCAUAUUACAUAACUUUUCUGGUUCCUCCAUUUAUAGUAAUGGGCUCAUAAUACUUACCUACCUCACAGGGGUGUUGUGAGGGUACAUUGAUUUUGUAUAAUACUUUUUAGCACAACUGCCUUGCUACGGUAGUAUGUCUGAGUGCAGGGAGGUAUGGGCUUUUCCCCAAAGCAGUAAACAAGGCAAAAGGCUAGGAGAAACCCCCACAGAGGAAAGACACCUGUUCAAGCCCUUCCUGUUUUAUAAGCCCACUCAGAGACAUAUAGACCCUCUAUCAUCUCCAUUUCUCUUUGAGGCUGAUAGAAAGUAAGAUUGAAAGGGACCUCUUGCACCAUCUGUUUACCAGGAAGGACUCGGUUGUGCUGUAGCUACCUCAUUUAUUGUCUGGUUGACUUCGGUGGCAAAAAGACCAUGGAAGAAAUUAGACCUUCAGGUCCAUUUCUGCCUAUGCAGUGUGAAGUCCUACAGCAGAGGCGGGCAAACUACGGCCCGUAGGCCACAUCUGGCCCAUGGGACUAUCCUGCCCAGCCUCUGAGCUCCCAGCCAGGGAGGCUAUUCCCCGACCCCUCCCCUGCUGUCGCCCCUCCCCUGCAGCCUCACCUCACCGCCCCACCAGCGCUCUGGCCCGCUGUUCCUGUCAGGCAGUGCGGCGGCAUGGCUGGCUCCAGCAUGCUAAGGGGGCGGGAAGCGGGGGGGUUGGAUGAGGGACAGUCAGG